CUCAAAUUCACAUUCGCCUACAAGCAACCCCCAACCCACCUAAUCGAGACAUACUUACCACCAGACGAUCCAUUCACACCUGGCGACCGAACAGACCUGCACAGCAUGUCGAGACCUGAAGAAAUCGCCCCUCCGGAGAUCUUUUAUGGUGAUAUCGAGGCCAAAAAAUAUACCGCCAAUACCCGCAUCCAAAACAUUCAAUCUGAAAUGACAGACCGGGCUCUGGAGCUACUCGCGUUGGGAGACGAUGAGGCAAAGUUCCUGCUGGACAUUGGUUGCGGUUCUGGAUUGAGCGGCGAGAUUCUUGACGAGGACGGUCACUACUGGGUCGGUGUGGACGUCUCGCCUAGCAUGCUCGAAGUCGCGGUGGAAAGGGAAGUCGAGGGGGACCUCUUCCUCCAAGACAUUGGCCAAGGAUUCGGCUUUCGACCGGGUACCUUUGACGGCGCUAUCAGCAUUUCAGUCUUGCAAUGGCUCCUAAACGCGGACUCGGCCGCUCAUUCCCCUGCUCAACGAAUCACUCGCUUCUUCACUACACUGCACGGAUGUCUUCGAAAUCCGUCGCGUGCGGUCUUCCAAUUUUAUCCGUCUUCUGACGACCAGGUACACAUGUUGACGACGUGUGCGCAACGAGCCGGUUUCGGAGGAGGUGUGGUCGUGGACUACCCCAAUUCGACCAAGAAGCGAAAGAUGUACCUGUGUCUUAUGGUAGGACACCAGGAGGUACCUUCUGGACUGACAGAAGGAGGGAUGGAGGUGGACGACGGUUCGAGCUCAAAAGUCAAGAACGAAAAACGUCGCAAGGCCAGGGCGAUGGCAAGCAAGAAGAUGAAGGGCAAGAAAGCACUCGGAUCUGUCGACAAGGAUUGGAUCUUGAAGAAGAAGGAGCUUUACCGGCAGAGGAAAGGUGUGGAACAGGUUCCUCGGGAUUCAAAGUUUACGGGAAGGAAGCGAAAGACUCGCUUCUAGAAUUCAGUCAAGGGACAUUCUCCUGUCGCAUCGAUGUUCUCGGACUCGACCGUGUUAUCUGAUCUGUUGUAUCGCCAUCGAAAGCAACCGUCGACCUUAC